AAUGCUUUAACAGAAGAUCAGCUCUGAGGUCAUUAGGAGUGCUUCAUGUGACAGGACUGCAUGUCAGUGUAAUUUCAAUCUCAACUGUUCUGUAUUUCCUCUGCUCUAGCUAGCACUAUCUGCGCCAGUUAUCACUCUCCUCAGAUCCCUUCAUUUCUCUUGAGUCCUGCAGCUUUUCCAGUGGGCAAUGGCAGAGUGCCAUCGUCUGUCAUGAAGCUCUGCUGAUAAUCCCAGUGUUGGCUAGAAUUUCCUCGAGUGUGACUUUAAAAUACAAUUAUGUUAUGUGUUAAUGUGCUUUCCAAAAAAAACCAAGGAAGGACUUUCCGGUGAGCAGGCCUUUGCUCAGGCUCCCUCAAGGCAAGAGACAAACCAGAACUGAUUGGAAGUUUAUUUAGGUGCAGGCUGGUGGGAUUUUGUCAUUGUUUGCAUUCAUCAUUACUUCCAGAGGAGCUUCAGAAUUGCCGCUCCCGUGCCGCAGGGAUUUCCAGAGUCAUGAUUCUGGAGCAAAGACAGAGCAACUCACCGAUACAAGCAAGUAGGUAGUGGUAAGGCACUGAAAGGUGAACACACUUAAGAUUUUGCCAUGGAGAACAGGUUCCUUGCUAACUAGCUGUCCUCAAGUCACUAGUGAUAGUAAUAAGGAGAUCCCAUUUUGUGACAGAAGCAAGAUGACAAAGGUUACCUCUGCUUACCUCACGCCAGAAAAUAGUACCACAGCUCUUGGAAGAUCUGAAUCAUGCCUUGUCCAUUCUUGCAUAUUGUAGGUUUUCUUUAUCCACAUGCCCUAAAGGUAUGUAACACUAUUGAUGUCGUUUAUAAACCCCAGCUUCUGCGAACAACAGUUCUGUGUGUAAGGAGGUCACCCUAGCAGGGGCACAUAUCCCCAGGGUGCGUAUCAAAGGGGAGAAGACGCUUGCAGAAGUAGCCAAGUGAUGUGAAGUUAUCUUCCAAGAUGACUGUUCUACCUGGAGAAAAUUCCGACUAUGACUAUAGCGCCCUGAGCUGCACCUCAGAUACUUCCUUCCACCACACAUUCUUUCCAGAAACAGAAACACUUAAGGGAGUCUUCUACCAAAGAGCCAAGCUAAUUCACCCUCAAGAGGAUCUCCUGAAAGGCUUUCACCCUGAUGAUCGGAAGCAUCAUAUUAUUAUAAACGUAGGGGGCAUUAAGUAUUUGCUCCCUUGGACCACGCUUGAUGAAUUCCCAUUGACACGUCUGGGACAGCUGAAGUUCUGUACUAAUUUUGAUGACAUUCUAAACAUCUGUGAUGAUUACGAUGUGACAUGUAAUGAAUUCUUUUUCGACCGUAACCCAGGGGCAUUCAGGACAAUCCUGACCUUUCUGCGGGUCGGAAAACUUCGUCUCUUGCGUGAGAUGUGUGCACUGUCUUUCCAAGAGGAGCUGCUCUACUGGGGAAUUGAGGAAGACAACUUGGAGUGGUGUUGUAAGAGGAGAUACCUGCAAAAAAUGGAGGAGCUUACAGAAAUAAAUGAACGGGAGGAUGACCUCAUAGAAAAUGAAACAGGUGAAACAGUAGAGGAGACAAGAAUUGGCUUGUGCAUGAAAAAGCUGCAAGACAUGGUGGAAAGACCCCAGUCUGGCCUCCCUGGAAAGGUGUUUGCUUGUUUGUCUGUUUUAUUUGUAACUAUUACAGCAGUGAACUUAUCCAUCAGCACCAUGCCUGGCCUGAGGGAGGAGGAGGAAAAGGGUGAGUGUUCCCAGAUGUGCUACAAUAUUUUCAUUGUGGAGUCUGUGUGUGUGGCAUGGUUUUCCCUGGAGUUCCUGCUAAGAUUCAUCCAGGCAAAGAGCAAGUUUGCAUUUCUGCGGAGACCAUUAACCCUGAUCGACAUAAUAGCCAUUCUGCCAUACUACAUCACUUUGCUAGUAGACACUACGUCAGUGGGCUAUAAAAAGCCCAGCUCUGGGAGCAUCUACCUGGACAAAGUAGGUCUGGUCCUCCGUAUUCUCCGUGCCUUGAGGAUUCUGUACGUCAUGCGGCUGGCCAGGCACUCCCUGGGGCUGCAGACACUGGGGCUGACAGCUCGCAGGUGCACCCGUGAAUUCGGGCUCUUGCUGCUCUUCCUCUGUGUGGCCAUUGCACUGUUUGCACCACUCCUCUAUGUCAUUGAGAAUGAGAUGGCGAACUCGCAGGAGUUUACCAGCAUCCCCGCGUGCUACUGGUGGGCUGUCAUCACCAUGACCACGGUAGGCUAUGGAGAUAUGGUUCCCAGAAGCAUUCCUGGCCAAGUGGUGGCGCUCAGCAGCAUACUGAGUGGCAUCCUCCUCAUGGCAUUUCCAGUCACCUCCAUCUUCCACACGUUUUCACGCUCCUACAUUGAGCUAAAGCAAGAACAGGAAAGAAUAAUGUACAGGAGAGCACAGUUCUUAUUAAAAACAAAGUCUCAGAUAAGUAAUGCAUCACAAGGGAGUGAUAUUUUAUUCCCCAGUGUCUCUUCUGAGACUAGGGACAAUGAAUGAAAUUUAGGUUGCUGUUUCUCCUGACGUCAAGUGAUGUUUUGUUGUAUCAGAGUCCAUCUUUUAAUUUGCUUCGGAAGCAUUUUGCAAAGGUAACCCUCAUAUUAAAAUAAGAAAAAUAGUUAUUAACCAGGAACUGAGAAGUCUAUUAUUAUGCUGUUUCUACUCCCCCCUCCAGUAUAAUGUAUAGGAUCUUUCACUGAGAUCAUACAGCGGGAUUUUAGGAAUUAAAAGUCUCUGACAAAAAUAGAACACCAUAUAAUAAUGUACUUGUCAGGCUGUUUUGCCAUUUGUAAUACAUAUUUUUCCAACCGAAUCAUGAUGUAUAUAAUCAUUAAACAGGCUGCCAUUUUUCUUGUUCUUCUUGUAUAUAAAUAAUGUAAAUACAACAAAAUUGGUGGUGAAAAUCUCUCCUAUUAAAACGCCUUAGAGCAUAAUGGAAAUAUCCACAGAUGUUUAUCCCAUUGUGCUCUUAAAAAAACACAUUAAGUGAGAUUUGUCAUUCACAACAGCAACUGUAUAUUUCUGUGCAAGUCAGCCCUAAACAUAGGAGAAGAAUCGAGCUGUUUGUAUCAUGUAUCUUGCUCAAGAUGUAAAUACUUAUAGCUCACCAGCUACAAAGUUUAACUGAAGUUACAGAGUUGACCUAUGUCACUGAAUGCAGUAAUCCCAGAAACAAAGUCUUUGAGUUCUAUAGCAUUUAAUAUUAUUACCAAGAGGUGACUAGCUGCAAAUCAAAUGAAAUAUGCAUGAUGAGAUGCCAGUCAUUCCCUACCAUCUGUUUCCAUGUUUUUACUUACCUCAGAUAUGAAACAGAAUUAAAAGAGGCCUGUUUCCAGGGGACACCCUACCAUUACUUGGCAAAUCGAAGCUUCAGCUACCCAUUCACAUUCAGCAUUUGGUUCUUUAGAAGGAGCAGAAAAUAUAUGGUCGUGGGAAGUUGCCAAUGGUGAAGAAAAGAAAAUAUCAUUUGAGUCAUGGAGUGGGGGGUACUGACAGCUUUAUACUUUACUGUCCUCAAUCAGGAGGGACCUAAGACUUAAUUAAUCAUACCUUUGGCAUCAUGACACACAUCAUAGGAUUGGAGAAAAUUUCAAAUAGGAUAUGAAAUAGCAGUUAAGGUCCCAAAACACACCCGUGUAUUCUUCAUCCGUGUGUGUGCCUUGGGCCAGGUCCUGCUGAAGUCAGCGGGAGCACAUGGGUCAGUGAAACACUGAGGUUUGGCACAGGUUUCUAUGGAGAUUAAUGACAGAACUCCCAUUUAUUUUAGAGGGAAUGAAACCAGUUUGCACAACAGUUCAGGAGGAAAACUCCAGAGAUUAAAAAAACCCCAACAACCUGUUUGUUUGAUUUCAUGUGUGCUUAGAGGUAAAGAAAAGUUAAUCUCAAGGGUUUCACCUUCCCUCCUCCCCUCCUUUUCAGUACUUUUACUUAUUAUCAGUUCUGAGCCAAGGAAAUUCAGAAGUUUCCAUUACAUUCACCAAUGCUUCUCCAGAUUAAUUUCCAGAAAUACUAUUACUUAUUGGCAUUUCUGGAGCAGGUUGCUAGAAAUGCCAGAACACACGAUGGGUUUGUGAUUUGAAUGAAAGCCAAGGACACAAACAUUGUCCUCUCAAUAAGGUAGAGUUAGUUCCUCAGCCUUUGCUGUUUGGCCAAGCCCACGCUACACUGGUUUUCUUUUCAACUGUCUUUAAAAUACCAUUUGAAGGUGUUCUGAUAUACGUGCUCUUGAAGAGUAAUUCCAGACCAUUUAAAAAGGCACUUUACAAGUAAUGAGGGCUCUACCAUUCUUCACCCUGCAGUAGGUAAAUAUGCCCGUGGAGCAUUUCUGCAGAAGCCUAAACUCUUGGCAGUUAAUUAUGUGGCAGAACUACAAAUGUAACCAGCUUUUCACUCUUGUUCUUCUAAUUAGAGUUGGACAAAAAACAGAGACAUCGUGACAAAAAAGGGACACAUUUUCCAUCCAAAAUGCACUUAAUUUCAAAACUGUUUGAUCAUCUGUAGCAUUGGCUUCAGCACAAGUGCUAUACAUCCUUCUACCUUUGUGUCAGCACUCGUUAUAAAAAGAACUGGUAAUUAGAUUAGUCCUGUGAGCAACAGUUGCUUAUCUAAGAAUAUGUUUGACAGGCUGAGCCAUAAAUAAGAAGCUGUAAAUGAAUAUAAGGAGAAAUCGAAACUUACCAAAUAAAACCUAAGCUUAUUUCCAUGUUAUACUAGCUAAUAAAUCCAGAAGGUCCAUCCAUUCUCUCAACAUCUUUCCAUUAAGUUAAUGCUCAUUUAUUUCAUGUAUGACUUUACUUUUUUAUCCCAAAUUAUCACUUGAUUCUAAAGUCCUUGUCUGGCAACAAAAAAAAUAUCACCCUGAAGUUGGGUUGAAGUUGGUUGAGCAAACCUGUGAAAGCAUCUUGCCUGUUCUGCCUAAGCCAGGAACAAAUUAACUGCCCAGGAGGUACCCCCAUGUGAUUUUGUACUUGGCAGCACAUUGAUUGUAAGCAUAUCAACAUGUUUUACUGUGAAUCACUGUAACAAAGUUGCUUGUGUUUUACAGGAGGCAAUACAUACUGCAGUCCUUAUGCUAAAUAAACCCAGCUAUAAGUCUUAAGAGCACAUUAGUAUGAAACCCACAUGCUGUGUUCCAGCUCUUACUGUGAAGGCUGAGGGCCUAAAGUCAUUAUGCCUCUUUACAGUGUAUUACCUGACUUUUUAGUCAAAUUCAGUUAAAUUAUGAAUUGAUUCAAAAGCUGCCUGUUUCCAGUGGCACAGCUGAUAGCUACCAAGUCAGCUAUCACUUCGUUUUGCAUUUAGCAGCAUGUGCAGUCAACAAGAAAGUCCCAAUUAAAAAAACACUAUGUGCUUUUAUGAAG